AUAAUGGGUAAUUCCCAGGAGAAGCUUUGGGCCUUGGGCGGCUGGGCCUUCGAACGCGGCGAAUCGGCGAUAUUGUUUACGCGGCGCCAUUGGUCCAGCACACGCAGGUUUUCUGACGGAGAGUGCCAUCCCCAACCUACACGCCAUAUUGAAUAGUGAGGAUGGAACAAGAGGAAUUACAGUAUGAAGAAGUGGUAGAUGCUGGAGAAGGUGGUGAAGAAAGCUUUGUAGGUGCUGCAGAAGACGAACACCACCUCAACGACACCGACCAGUCCAUUGAAACUGAGCUAGAGGCCAUCAAAGCACGGGUCAGAGAGAUGGAAGAGGAAGCUGAGAAGAUCCGCCAAAUCCAGUCAGAGGUGGAUAAGCAGAUGAGUCUUGGCUCCCCACCAGGGGCAGCAGGGGCCACCUCACCCCUCAACAUGUCCCUAGAGGAAAAGAUGGAGGUGGAUGCUCGAUCGAUCUAUGUCGGCAAUGUGGAUUACGGAGCCACGGCGGAGGAGCUGGAGCAACAUUUCCAUGGAUGUGGAGCAGUCAACCGUGUCACCAUCCUAUGCAACAAGUAUGACGGCCACCCAAAGGGCUUUGCAUACAUAGAAUUUGCUGAGAAAGAUUCUGUGCAGAUGGCCAUGGCCCUUGACGAGUCACUAUUCAGAGGGAGACAAUUGAAAGUGAUGCCUAAGAGGACCAACAAGCCUGGAAUCUCAACAAGUAACCGACCACCGCGGGGAGUCAGGAUGGCGCGAGGCCGAGGCAGAUUCUACUCCGGCUACCGACCCACCAGACGGCCCUCCAGGGGCCGGAGGUUCUACUACAGUCCAUAUUAAGUGACCGGAGGCAGGCAGGGAGAGGGAGUGAGAGAGAGGGAGUGUGAGGCAGGUGGAGGUGGUAAUCAUGUGGUGAUGGAGGAAGUAUUGUGAAAACUUCCGAUUCAUUUUUAUAAUUACAUAUUUAUUAUUUUUAACAAUUCAUAUCUGUUUUAUAAUUGAUCUAGUUUCUUCUACACAAUUAUAGUAGUGUUGAUGGUUAGCACCACAUAUCCAGGACAUUUUAGUUUAGGCCUCAGAGUUUUGUGGUGGGAAGUUACGUGACAAGGAUAGGGCUUAUUUUUAUAUAGCAGUGUGUGUGUGUGUGUGUGUGUGUGUGUGUGUGUGUGUGUGUGUGUGUGUGUGUGUGUGUGUGUGUGUGUGUGUGUGUGCGUGCAUGUGUGUGCGUGUGUGUGUGUGUGUGUGUGAGAGAGAGAGAGAGAGAGAGAGAGUGUGUGUGUGUGUGUGUGUGUGUGUGUGGGUAAAAGAGUGAGCAUGUAGCUGAUUAGAGAGGCAUGACCAUUGGCAAGAGACCUAACCUCCUCCCUCCUCCCUCCCUCACACAUCCUUCUCCACCCUGGAUGACUGUACUACCAGCCAACGCCACAUGCAAAGCUCAGUAUUAUUGGCUGAACAACAAAAAAAGACAAAAAGCAAAAAAAAAAAAAAACUCAAAAUUUAAACUUGGAUAAUUUGGGGAUCACAGACAGACUAUCCUUAGGUAACAGUUGAGGCUUUUUAGGAAAUGUUAGAAUGGUGGCCACACAAGUCUGCUGCAGGUGAGCCAGACUGGGCGACCAGCUGCUCCAGCGGUAAGAUGUCCUAAUCCUUCCUUUUCAGCACCAUCUCAACAAAGGCAGUCACAGUAACACUUAUUGCUCAUUCAUUUUUUUUUUUUUCCCCUCUUCUUUUUGCAAAUAAGAGUGUAGCAUUAAUUUCAAUAUUUAGUUGGAUUAUUUAUAAGAUGCAAUGAGUUCAGGAGAGUCACAAUUGAUAAGAUUCUGUAGAAUGUGUUUUUAUUUUCUAUUUUCUCUGAUGGCUUUAGUAGCUCAUCAUACGGAAUUGCUUUUGAUGAUGAGCCUCCUCUGUCUGUGUCCGUCUCCUAUUGCCAGCCAUGUUACUUCACAUCCUGCUGCUUGAGUUUGGCUUAUCAUAAUUUUGGCUUGUUUUAUGGGCAGACAGGUCUUUCUAAUGCUUACCCUCCCCAUUUAUCUGAGCUUGAGAGUGUCAAUCAGUGUGCUGCCUUGCACUCUUUGUGCUUAUAGUAAUUUGUUUAUAUGAUUAUGUUAAUUUAAUGCCAUGCAUGAAUGAUUCUCAAUGACUAAAGGUUUAUUCAGCUUUAAUCUCAAAUAGCUUAAAUACCACACAAGGUUGAGAUGUCAUCUGAUACUGAUAUGUCCCAGAAGGAAUACAGAAACAGUGUAGUGAAUUAUUGCAUCAAAGAUAUCACUAAAGAACUUUUGUAGAUUUGAGAUGUGUGUCUGUGUGUGCAUUUCGCAUGUGUGUGUGUGUGUGUGUGUGUGUGUGUGUGUGUGUGUGUGUGUGUGUGUGUGUGUGUGUGUGUGCGUGCAUGUGAGCUGCAGCUAACUUCCUCCUUUGGGAAUGUCAUCCUUAUAAAUGCUUCAUCUUGAAAGAGUUGCAUUAAUCGAACAUUUAGUCUUUACUUGUAUUUGUUUGGCUUGCUUUUGCAUUACUCAGCUUAGGCAGUCUUGGUUGUUUUAUGAUUAGCUAUCUUAUGAUGGGUGUUGUCCUUGUUUCAAUCCUGCAUUACACUUUAUAGGAUUUUUUUUUCUUUUCCCUUUCCUCAAAGUUUGGAAAUUAUGGUCCUGCCAAAUGCUGCAAUUUUUAUUUUUUAUGUAUGUUUCUUUUAACUUUCUUCUGUCAAUCCUUGCUGUGUUGAUGUUGACUUCAUGCCUCAUAAAAGUGUUGUGACACUCCUGACUCAAUUAAACAAGGAAUGAACCCUUCUGCUUGUCUGUGACUGCCUUGCCUGGCCAAGACCAUCUUAAAAAAAUGAUAAGCAAAAAACAGGUGAAAAAAAUUGUUAAAGAAUAAAAAAUACAAAUUCAGGGAAUCAG